AUGGGGGAGGAAAUACAAUACACGAAUCCGGAAGUACAGGAGUUAAGGGAGACGGUUGGGGGUUUGUCCAGAGAUAUGAAUAUAUUAAAGGGGGCUGUUAACCGGAUACAAGAGGCGAUUGAACAGUUGGUCAGACCGAGAGAUGGUGCCGAAUCAACUAGCCAGAGGAGAGGGGGAAACCACGAGGAAACCAAUGAACACCGUGGGGAAGUUGACAGAGAGACGGGGAAAUAUAGGAAACUGGAACUACCUAUUUUCAUCGGAGAGGACCCUCUGGGAUGGUUCUUCAAAGUUGAACGGUACUUCAGAGUCAAUGCUAUACCAGAGGCCGAAAGGUUGGAGGCGGCGGUUGUCUGCUUGGAAGGAAAAGCUUUAAACUGGUAUCAAUGGGUGGAGUCUCGAACCACCAUUCGGGGCUGGCAAGAAUUUAAGAGAGAAGCUUUACGGCGAUUCCACCCUUCGCAGCUUGGGGAUAGUUAUGAGAUGCUAUAUGCAGCGAAACAGAAUCGAUCGGUCCUGGAAUUUGUGGAGGAAUUUGAGCGCCUCGCCGCUCCCUUGCCCGACAUACCAGAGGAGAGUUUGAUAGGAACCUUUCGAGUAGCCUUGAGACCAGAAAUACGAGCAGAGCUCCGAUUGACCAGUGCCAGCUCCCUACGAGAAGUCAUGGAGAUGGCAAUCCGGGUAGAAGAACGAAACCAGGUGCUCGACGCUGCCAAGGAGACACGGGCCACCCGUUUUCAAAGAUACCCGAGUGGGCCAAAGAUGGAUUCGGUUCAGACCCAACACACCCGGAUUACCAACUUACCCGAAACGCAGAAAGCUUCGUCGUUCUCUUCUCCACGGCCAGAAACAGCAUCUGCGAAAAGAGACGAAGCGAAGGGGGUAGACUCGAAAGGGAGCAGCACCUCGAUGGCUUCCAGUUCUUCGGUCCGAAGGGGAGUAAUGGGUCGACGCCUCUCCGACGCGGAACUCACUCGCCGACGAGAGCUGGGGCUUUGCUUCAAAUGUGCUGAGAAGUUCGGCCCAAACCACAUCUGCAAGAACAAAAACUUGCAGGUGAUGAUUCUGGAUUUGGAGGCCGAGAAGAGUGAGGACGGGAAGGUAGAAACUGACAAAGAGGAAGAGGCCACUGAGAUGGAAGAAGGAGGGAACAUGACGAUGGAAUUAUCACUCAAUUCCAUCUCCGGCUUUGGCAGCAAUCACACAAUGAAGGUUAGGGGAUGGCUAGCGGAAGAAGAGGUCAUUAUUUUGAUAGAUAGUGGAGCCACCCAUAACUUCGUGUCUGAAGAAUUAGUAAACAAAAAGGGGAUUGAAGUUGAUGAAAUAGCUGAAUACACGGUAGCAGUAGGGGAUGGUCGCCGGCUGAGGAGAAGACAACGCUGCCCGAAAGUCAAUCUUAAGGUACAAGGUCUAGAGAUUAAUCAAAUCUUUUAUCCGUUUCCGUUAAGUGGAGUGGAUAUGGUACUGGGAGUUGAGUGGCUGAGGUCGCUAGGGGAUGUGAAUGUCAAUUGGAGUCGCCUAACCAUGAAGAUUGGGAAACCGGGAAACAGGGUGUGUCUGCAGGGGGACCCGUCACUGACAAAGAGCCAAGUGACCCUCAAAUCCUUAAUCCGAUUAAUGAAGAAGAAGGAGGAGGUGUAUUUAAUAGAGUAUAAUGGACUGACGAAUGAAGAGACAGAAACAAGGGAGAUAGCACCUGAAAUACAAGCUUUAUUGGAACAGUUUCCCACGGUGUGUCAAGCUACGGAGGGCUUGCCUCCCCCCCGUUCAAAAGACCAUGCAAUUGUAACCAGAUCAGGAGAACAGCCCCCAAACAUUCGCCCUUACCGAUACCCCCAUUUACAAAAAAAUGAGAUAGAAAAAAUGGUGAAGGACAUGUUGCAGGCAGGGAUCAUACAGCCUAGCAAUAGCCCCUAUUCUAGUCCCGUUUUGCUGGUUAAGAAAAAAGAUGGAAGUUGGCGGUUUUGUGUUGAUUACAGAGCAUUAAACAAGAUUACAGUGCCUGACAAAUUCCCUAUUCCAGCCAUUGAUGAGUUGUUGGACGAGCUCAAGGGAGCCAACAUCUUUUCAAAGCUGGAUCUUAAAUCCGGAUAUCACCAGAUUAGAAUUAAAAAGGGUGAUGAGCACAAAACAGCUUUUAGAACACAUGAGGGCCAUUAUGAAUUCAAAGUCAUGCCAUUUGGGCUGACCAAUGCCCCUUCCACCUUCCAAUCAUUGAUGAACGAAGUAUUCCGAGAGUACUUACGUAAGUUUGUCCUAGUGCUUUUUGAUGACAUUCUUAUUUAUAGUACAGAUUUUUCUACUCAUUUGAAACAUUUAGAGAUUGUACUAACCUGUUUGAAAAGAAACCAGCUGGUUAUCAAUUUAAAGAAAUGCAGCUUCAUGCAGUGUAAGAUUGAGUACCUUGGCCACAUCAUCUCCUCAGAAGGGGUGCAAGCUGAUCCCUCCAAAAUUGAGAGCAUGGUUAACUGGCCUAAGCCCAAGAAUGUGAAGUCCUUAAGAGGAUUCCUAGGGCUCACUGGUUAUUACCGGCGGUUUGUCAAAAAUUACGGUAAAAUAGCUAGUCCUCUUACUGACUUGUUGAGAAAGGAUGCUUUUAAAUGGACUCAAGAAGCUGAGACAGCAUUUGAAGAGCUCAAAACAGCCAUGACAACACUUCCAGUACUAGCAAUGCCCGACUUCUCCAUACCCUUCGAACUGGAAACCGACGCUUCGGGGACUGGUGUGGGAGCAGUGCUGGUGCAGAAGGGAAAACCAGUAGCCUAUUACAGCCAGAAAUUAUCAAACCGGGCUCAGCAGUGUUCAGUGUACGAAAGAGAGCUCAUGGCUAUAGUGAUGGCGGUCAAGAAAUGGCGUCACUACCUCUGGGGGCAUAAGUUUGUGAUCAGGACAGAUCAGAAAGCUCUAAAAUACCUGCUGGAACAGCGAAUUGUGGAAGAGAACCAGCAGAAGUGGGUCUCCAAGUUAAUGGGGUUUAAGUUUGAAAUAGUCUACAAACCGGGCAAAGAAAACCGGGCUGCUGAUGCCUUGUCAAGGCAAGGUGAAUCUGCAGAGAUGUUGGGGUUUUCCAUGUGGCAAUAUGAUGAAAUAGAAGACUGGGAAAAGGAGGUGCAAUCUGACCCAAAAUUAGCAUUGAUUGUACAGCGACUGAUCACUAAUCCAGAAGAAGUCGAAGGCUACAGCAUUGAAAAGGGCUGUUUGCAGUACAAAGGGAGGCUGGUAUUACCAAAAAAAUCCACUAAAAUUCCUUUGCUACUGAAAGAGUAUCAUGAUUCUCCAGUGGGGGGCCAUUCCGGCUACCUUAGAACUUACAAGAGGUUAUCCAGCGUUGUGUAUUGGGAAGCCUUUGCCUAUCCCACAAGGAAUUUGGGAAGAUAUUAG